AUGGCGGCCUGGCCGGAGCUGGAGGCGGCGGGCCGGGAGCGGCGGCGGGAGCUGUCUCUGGCCGGGGCGGCGGUGGCGGAGCGGGUGGCGGCGGGGGGGGGGCGGCUGCCGCCGGCGCUGCUGGCGCUGCCGCUGCUGCAGUCGCUGGAGCUGAGCGGCUGCCCGGCGCUGCGGGAGCUGGGCCCGGGUCUGGCCGCCGCCCUGCCCGCCCUGCACACGCUGGUGCUCCGCGGCAACGCGCUGGGCCCCGCCGGGCUGGGCCAGGGGCUGGGCGGGCCGCUGCCGGCCCUGCGCAUCCUCGACCUGUCCGGGAACGGGCUGGAGGUGCUGCCCGCCGCGCUGGGCGGUGCGGAGGGGCCGGCGGGAGCCCCGGGAGCAGCCCCGGGAGCGGCCCCGGGAGCAGCCCCGGCCUUCCCGCAGCUGCGCAGCCUCAAUCUCAGCGGCAACCGGCUGCGGGAGCUGGGCCCGGGGCUGGCCCGCGCCGCGCCGCAGCUGCAGGCGCUGCUGCUCUCCGGGAACCGCCUGCGGGUGCUGCCCGGGCCGCUCCUGCCCCCCGGCCCCGCCGCGCCCUUCCCGCUGCUCAGCCGCCUGGAAGCGGCCGACAACGAGCUGGAGGAGCUGGGCGCCGACAUCGCCGCCCUGCCGGCCCUCAAGAGCCUGGACGUGGCCAACAACCACCUGAAGGAGCUGCCCGCCGCGCUGGCCGGCUGCCCCCGGCUGAAGGAGGCCAACUUCAGGGGCAACCAGCUGAAGGACAAGCGGCUGGAGAAGAUGGUCAACGGCUGCCAGACAAAGGCCAUCCUGGAGUACCUGCGGGCUGGGGGCCGCGGGAAGGGGCGGGCUGAGAACGCCCGAGAGGAGGCCAGGAAGAAGAAGAGAGAGAAGCAGCAGAGGAAGGAGAGCGGGGACGGGGAGCAGGAUGAGCUGGAAGAGGCGAGCAGGCUGCUGGUGAAGGUGCUGCACAUUUCCGAGAACCCGGCCCCCCUGGUGGUCAAAGCCAGCUCGGGUGUCAAGGAUGUUCGGCCCUUCAUCGUGUGCUGCGUGCUGAGGGGAGUGGACCUGAGCCCGGGAAAUGCUCUGAAGAGGUUCCUGUCCAUGCAGACUAAACUGCACGAAGACAUUUGUGAAAAGCGAACAGCAGCCACAAUUGCCACCCACGACUUGCAGCUGAUCAAAGGUCCUCUGGUGUAUGAUGUUCAGCCUCCUGAUGAGCUGAAGAUAACACCCUUGGGUCGAAAGGAGAUCAAGGCAAAGGACCUUCUCCGGCAGCUGCAGCUGGAAGCUGAGGAGCAGAGGAAGCAGAAGAAGCGCCAGAACGUGUCUGGGCUGCACAAGUAUCUCCAGUUGCUGGAUGGCAAAGAUAACUACCCGUGUCUUGUGGAUGCUGAAGGGGUUGUGGUUUCUUUCCCACCAAUAACCAAUAGUGAAAAAACAAAGAUCAAAAAAGACACUCGUGAUCUAUUUCUGGAAGUGACAAGUGAUACCAGUUUACAGAUAUGCAAAGAUGUCAUGGACACACUAAUUCUGAAAAUUGCAGAACUGAACAGAGUUACCUUGGAAAAUAAGGAAGACUCAGGCUCUGAUAAUGAAUCUGAUGCUCUUGGUGGACCAGGGACUUGGAACCCCAGCCAAAACACAGAGCCCAGGAACGUGCCCUUGGUAGUGGAGCAGGUUCGAGUGGUGGACACAGAUGGAAACUUGAAAGUACUUUAUCCUUCAAAAACUGACCUAGUGACAGUCUCUUCUCUUCUGACUGUCAUACGUUAGCAGCUCUCAAAGCUAAGAAAACUCUUCCAUUUUCUUUACUGUUUUUUUUCCAUGUUCAGCAGUGCAACUGGCCCACAGUGAGGUGGCUGUUUCUUUUAAAGCAAAGAUGCAGUGCCUGGAUAUGUAAAAACUGUCCAGUUUGAUCAAGCUCUAGCAAGAGUAUUUCAUUCUUCCAGCCUUAACAGGAAGUGAUCAGUGUUCUGACUAGGCAGAGAUAACAGCAUUUUCAAAUGUGCCCCUAAAGGCAGAGAAGGUAUUGGAAGUCAGAACAGAUUAACUUGUAGAGAAAAUCACAAUGACUUCUUAGCAUUUACAAAAUGAGUGUAGUCCUGUUGUCUGCAAGAUCAAUGUUUCUUCCUGGUCUGUUUCAGCUGGAUUAUUUUUUUUGGCAGCUAAACUGAUAAAACCAGUAGGUGACAGUGCUGAAACGAAGUCAAGUGCUGGGUACCAGUACUGAGGACUGAAUGCAGAACUACUUUGCUAACGUCUCUGUAUCCAUUUGUUUUUAUACCUGGAGUAAUUGUGAAAAUAUAAUUGCUGUUGGGACUUGAGGAAUGAGUUUUAAAGUGAUGGUUUCUGUGUUCAGACAACACAGCUUCCAUUUUUAAGUAAAGUCAGUUAUAUUGACUGCAGGGGUUUGUGUGUCCCAGUACAUUUUAGAGCCAUCAUCCAUCCUUGUGGAAAUACCAGUUGUAGUGACCUCGUGGUGUACCUGUUGAGUUACUGUUGGCCAAGCACUGAAUUUAUUACUGCUCAAGAGCUUUGGUUCAGUUCAGAGGGCUAAUGCUGCCUCCCAGUGACACUGCCAGAGCUCCCUGGCUCCCCAGGACACAAACACUCUUGCUCAGUGUGACUUUCUGUCACGCUCCCCCAUGAAGAGUGUGGGGGACACCUUCCAAAGUGCAGGUGGUCUGAGUGGUUCUGAUUCUUGCAGUCCGUGGGUGACCUGUAGAUCCAGACUCCUACCUGCACAAAUGCAAACCUCUCCAUAAGCUAGAGUGACGUCCAGAUUCACUGUUUUUGGUUAAAAAUGCUAUAGAACUCUUAACUGAACUUCCAGAUAUGGUGUCAAACGUGUCCAUGUGUUGGGACUUGCACAUUGAAUGGAAAAAUAAACCAUACUUUGGUUUGA